UUUUAAUUUAGUUAAUCCUACUGGCCUGGCUGUCCAUGGAUUGGGCUUGAGGAGUAUUACCUCUCAGAAAGCCUGGAAAGGCAAGAGAACCCAGAACUGCUCUGAUCCUAAUGCCAGAGCACCAGGGACUAAUCUUUCAGUGGUGCCCAUGUACCCGAGGAAUGCAGGCUGGCUGCAUUACAUAGGAGCCUGCUCUGCUAACGGGAUAAUGGAAGGAUGGCAGCGACGGAGGUCCCUUAGUCAAGCCACGCACACGGGGUGCUGCAAGCUUUGGGUUGUAAAAUAAUAGACGGGUCUAUGGUUGUAAAAUAAUAGAAGGUCCAUCUGCCUUUUGCUGUCUAUUUCAGGUGUUUUGUGCCAAAUUUAAAUCUAAUCUUAUUCUAUAUAUUUUUAUUUGUGAUAGCAGCUAAGAUUUUUGGGGUUCAGUGGUGCACAUAGCAGGCGUGCUCUGAGCAUUUCAAGCAGGACUGUGGGGUCAGGUUCCCAAGAAGGUUGCUUCUGGUUCAUCUCUACCACAUGGCUCCACGGCACGGCACAGCACGGCACACAGAUCCACACCCAGAUUUACUUUUCUCCGGCUUUGCACACCUACUGUGAGACAAACAACUUCCUUUCUCUACCCAGUGUGGCAGCUAACAUAGUGACAUUUUACAAAGAAUCAGAACUCAUGGAAAAAAGAAAUAAAACUAGUGAGAUAAAUUAAGCAAGAACAAGGUGGCAGAUGUCCUGGUUGCUGUCUGCCUUGUCUGCCAGGGCCUGGAGUGGAGUGGUAAUGAACUGGCCCACUGGACUGGUAGUCUAGUCCUAGAUGCUGUGGACUUUUCCGUGACACAUGACUGACACAUUUAAAGACUACACUUAGCAGGAAGUUCGCUUGACCAUAGAAUUCUUAGCCAGAGACAAAUGCAUAUGAUUUAAGGCCUUGCGUGUUUGGGGAACUUCUCAGGAAAAUGAAAGUCAUCUGUAAUGGGUGCGUAUUAGCUCCGCUCAGGUAUCUGAUGUAAGUGCAGCAUUAUGUUUUCUUGCUUACAUUUGUCAUGUGUUACACAGGUCUCUUAAACAUGAAGAUUUCAAAGGGAUAACUGAAACCAACUUUACAAAAACCAAACGUUCCAAUUAGCAGGGAGAGUUUGGAAGAGUCUUCUCUCUGAGCACAAGCCGUUUAUAGCCAGAUGCCAUGGCAACUGUGGGUUUGCCCCUUCCGUAAUUCACGUUAAGUGCCAUAAUUAUAAUUAAAGAGGAAAUCUGAAUUCGAACGGCUGGGAGACGAUUUGCCAGCGCCCAGUCACACCGCAGAGAGUGGAAUGGCCAGUCCACAGCAUGUGUGGGGAAGAGAGCCGGGAGCAGCUGUGUCCACGAAGCAGCCACUCCAGGGCAGAUGUUUCUAGAGCCAAGUUUAUGUCUAGAUGUCAAAGACUUUUUGCAGUUUUUAGUCUGUGAAAGGCACGGCAGUAUUGAUGAGUGGAACCUUGGAUUCAGAAGGUGGCUGAAGCGAACCAUGCCUGCUCCCCUCGUUUGCUCCUGGAAGCUGUGACCUGCGCAUGCCGGAAGAUGGCACAUGGCAUUGCUUCCCAAGGCAAGGUUACCAUCACGGUGGAUGAGUACAGCUCAAACCCCACCCAGGCCUUCACCCACUACAACAUCAACCAGAGCCGCUUCCAGCCGCCCCACGUCCACAUGGUCGACCCCAUCCCAUAUGACACUCCAAAGCCGGCGGGCCACACGCGAUUUGUCUGCAUCUCAGACACUCACUCCAGAACAGAUGGUAUCCAGAUGCCUUACGGGGACAUCCUUCUCCACACAGGCGAUUUCACCGAGCUGGGACUGCCCUCAGAGGUUAAGAAGUUUAAUGACUGGUUAGGAAACCUGCCAUAUGAAUAUAAAAUAGUGAUUGCUGGGAAUCAUGAACUGACAUUUGAUAAGGAAUUCAUGGCAGACCUUGUUAAACAGGACUACUACCGUUUCCCCUCUGUGUCCAAAUUGAAACCGGAGGACUUUGACAAUGUUCAGUCCCUCCUGACAAACAGUAUUUACUUGCAAGAUUCGGAGGUCACGGUGAAGGGAUUCAGGAUAUACGGUGCACCUUGGACCCCAUGGUUUAAUGGAUGGGGCUUUAACCUACCCCGCGGCCAGUCCCUGCUGGACAAGUGGAACCUCGUCCCUGAGGGCAUCGACAUCCUCAUGACACACGGACCUCCACUAGGUUUCCGGGACUGGGUACCCAAGGAGCUCCAGAGAGUGGGCUGCGUGGAGCUGCUCAACACUGUGCAAAGGCGGGUCCGGCCCAAGCUGCACGUGUUCGGUGGGAUUCAUGAAGGUUAUGGCAUCAUGACUGAUGGCUACACGACCUACAUCAACGCUUCCACAUGUACCGUCAGCUUCCAACCCACCAACCCACCCAUUAUCUUCGACCUCCCCAACCCGCAGGGCUCCUGAGCCCCGGAAGACGCCCAGCGCGCCCGGAAGAAGCUCUACAGACUACCACGUUUCUCCUUAUCAACUGACAUUCUCUUACUUGUUUAUUUCCGAAUCCUGUGAGUUCUUUUUGUAAACUGUCGGAACAAACAAACACACAAAAUGAUGCUAGAGGUUGUGCUUUUUUUCCUCCUUUUUGUUUUCUUGUUUCUUUUUUUUUUUUUUUUUUUAAUGAGGAUCCAUUUGAAACCAGAGGAGCACUGUAAAUUUGUAAAUUGACUUCUGUUUCCUCCAAGGCCACGCCAUUGUAAAUUGUUAGUGUUCGCCAAAGGACAGCCAAGCUUUCUUUUAAAAAGGUGAUAAAAGCCUUAUUUUAGUAUGCUUUAAGCUGGAAGAAAAAGGAAAAAAAAAAAAAAAAAAAAAAAAAAGAAGAGGUAGGCAGUGUUUUAAAAACCACACAGAUUUGCACAACUGUUAAGAGUGUUGUUUGAAGUAUUUUAUUUUUUAAUGUGUUGUUGUUACUGUUGUUGUUGUUGUUUUCCUGGUGAUCCCCCUUUUUGCAGUAACGGCUCCAGUGUAGGGCGACCUUCAUGACAGAAGCAGGCACGGGAAGCUUGUCCCAUGCCUUGGCUCUGGGAAAGACUGUGUCGCCCCAAGACGACAGCUUGCCCCCCAGGAUGGCGAGGCUCAUGAGCUCCACAUUGUGGUCCCGCAAGGUCUCCUUGUCUAUGUGUUGUUUUUAAAUUAUUUAGCUUUAAAAAAAUAUGGAGACGGAAUCUGUCCAGAGCAAAUAUUUCAUGCAGUUUUUAAAACAAUGAGCGUGCAGACUCCUGUUCAACAUGGGUGUGUAUAUAUAAGUAUUUUUUGUGUAUUAUGACUAAGUUAGGAGUUUAAUAUUGCCAAGAGCAGUCCAGGGGGGUGCUAUAUAGAAGCGCAUCGAAGUCCCGAAGAACUGCUAUGUUUUCUCCGAAGAACUCAAGCUCUGAAAGAGCCGGAGUUCGACCUAGGUACAGUGACGAGCGUGUAUAGACGUAAAUGGAUGCCAUGGAAGCUAACAGAAUAAGGCUUAGUUGUCCUUUCUAUUUAAAGACCCCGAUUGUCCUCUUACCUCCCUUCCCCUCCCAGUUUGCACUGUGUGUCAAUGCAAUCCUCGCUAGCACAGAAUAUUGUCGCUAAUAGUCAUUUCUGUUUUCCCAUUGUAAAUGUCGUUGGGGCUUUAUUCUAUUUUAUGUUAUCUUGAAAUUUAGGAAAGCAGUUGUUUCUCUAAAUUUAUUGUGAUAUUCUAUAUCUAGCGGCCUUUAUAUGCAAAUAAAAUUGCAAGAUUUUUAAA